CAAGACCGAACACCUAGAAGGCUAGAACCCAUUGUUUUCUGCGGAAAAAGAAAGCCCCUUUCGAAGCCCUCACUCUCUUCCACUUUUUCUGUCGCUCGCUAUGCUCGCCGUCUGUUCUCUCCGCCGCCUAAUCUUUUCCUCUGUCAGGCUCUUCUCGCGUCGCCGAUUCCAUGCUGAUUUUUUGGGACCGGGAGAAUCCAGUUCGAUUCACCCAACUUCCAUCAUCCACCCCGAUGCGGUUCUUGGGCAGGGAGUGUCGAUUGGACCUUUCUGUACUGUUGGGUCUGCUGUCAAGAUUGGUAAUUCUUGUCAGUUGCACGCGUCGAGCCAUAUUGUGGGAGAGACUGAAAUAGGAGACCACUGCAUAAUUCAAACUGGUGCAGUUGUUGGAGCAGAUCUACCUGGUCUUACAGUCCUUGGUCAUCAUAAUGUCGUUGGACACUACGCUGUCGUUGGUGUGAAGUGUCAGGACCUGAAAUAUAAGCCAGGGGAUGAAUGUUUUCUGUAUAUUGGUGACCACAAUGACAUUAGGGAGUAUAGUUCCAUUCAUCGUUCUUCAAAAUCCUGUGACAAAACUAUUAUUGGUGAUAACAAUCUGAUCAUGGGUCAUUGUCAUAUUGCCCACGAUUGCAAAAUCGGUAACAAGAACAUUUUUGCUAAUAACACUUUACUUGCUGGACAUGUGGUGGUAGAAGAUUAUGUUCAUACUUCUGGCGCAAUUGCAGUUCAUCAAUUUUGUCAUAUUGGAUCACAUUCUUUCAUCGGCGGGGGAGCUAUGGUUACGCAGGACAUACCAAAGUUCAUGAUGGUUUCUGGUGGUAGGGCAGAGCUUCGUGGUUUGAAUCUUGAAGGGCUUAGACGGCAUGGAUUCUCAGAGAUUGAGGUACGUGGUAUGAGGAAGGCAUACCAAAAGAUAUUCAUGGUCAAUGAAGCAAACUCUGGGGGUCUCGACGACCGGCUCAGUCAAGUGGUUAACUUGACAGGAACAUGAUGAGGAGAUUGCUUGUUUUUCUGCUGUGACUCAUAUGGUCCAAUCGAUCCGCGAAUCAUUUCGACCAAACCGACGAGGAAUAUGCAAGUUCAGAAAUCCAAGUGCAUCCUGAAGAAUUUACCAUUGUUAGUUAUAACUCUGUUUUAAUAAUCUUUAGAAGGUUUUUAGUGAAUUUGACGAGAAAUUGGUUGUCAUAUUUGAAACUUAUUCAAGAUUUUUUUUUGGAUCGAUUUAUAUAAUUUUAGAAA